AUCUUGGUGAUUAAUUCAUUUGGCUCUUUCUAGUUCUGUCUAAUCUCUUCCUGUUUAAACCAAAUCUCAGGGCCAGUGCAAAGGAAGUGAGUGGGAAGAAGUUAAGGGAAAUGGGUUUGUGUUCAGUUGUUUUGAAUUUUGUUGUACAUGUUGUGCUUCUCAUCUCUUUCACCAAACAAGCUUUAGGUGUGGCACUAAACAAAGAGGUAUUGGCAGAGCAAGAAGCUGACAGAGUGUAUGAAUUACCGGGUCAGCCUGAGGUGAAGUUUAAACAAUAUGCUGGUUAUAUCACUGUCAAUGAAUCUCAUGGCAGAGCACUGUUCUAUUGGUUUUUUGAGGCCACUCACAAACCACAACAUAAGCCUGUUCUCUUAUGGCUCAAUGGAGGCCCUGGCUGUUCCUCAAUUGGUGCUGGAGAAACAGAGGAGCUGGGACCCUUCUUUCCCCAAAACAGCUACCGACCAAAGCUAAAGUUGAACCCUUAUUCUUGGAACAAUGCUGCCAAUCUUUUGUUUUUGGAAUCCCCUGUUGGAGUGGGAUUCUCCUACACCAACACCAGCAGUGACCUGGAUGAGCUUGGUGACACCAUUACGGCUAAAGAUUCACAUACCUUUAUCGUCAAGUGGUUUAAGAGAUUUCCACAAUUUAAAUCCCACAAGUUCUUCAUCUCUGGUGAAAGCUAUGCAGGGCACUAUGUUCCGCAACUUGCUGAGCUCAUUUUCGAUAAUAAUCGGAAUCCUGCCAAGAAAGACUUCAUUAACUUCAAAGGAUUCAUAAUUGGAAAUGCAGCAUUGGAUGACGAAACAGAUCAACAGGGUUUGGUAGAUUACGCGUGGAGUCACGCAGUGAUAUCUGAUGGAUUGUACGAUAACAUUACAACCAAAUGCAAUUUCAGACAUGAAAAUCUAACAGAUGAUUGCGAUGUAGAAAUGGGUAAGCUCUUCGAUGCGUAUGAAAAUAUUGACAUAUAUAGCUUGUACACUCCUGCUUGUUACAGAAACUAUAGCAGUACCAGAAAGCAAUCCCCUAUAGUUAGAGGCAAACUCCCUCUAGCUUUUUCUAAAAUUGAUGGAUGGCGUAGAAAACCAGCAGGUGGAUAUGAUCCUUGUUCAUCCGAUUAUACUGAAGCAUACCUUAACACGCCUGAAGUCCAAAAGGCAUUGCAUGCCAAUGUUACCAAAAUUUCCUAUCCAUGGUCUCAGUGCAGCGAUAAUAUUGGAAGUUGGAGAGACUCGCCACAUUCCAUUCUUCCUGUCAUAAAGAAGCUUAUUGCUGGUGGUCUUCGCAUUUGGGUUUACAGUGGAGAUACCGAUGGAAGAGUUCCCGUGACAUCAACAAGGUACGCUCUUAAAAAGUUGGGGCUUGAAAUUGUUCAAGAUUGGACUCCCUGGUAUACCAGCACACAGGUGGGAGGAUGGACCGUUGUUUACAAAGGACUUACUUUUGUGACAAUAAGAGGUGCUGGUCAUGAAGUUCCUAGGUUCACUCCCAAGCCAGCUCUGCAGUUGGUUCGUCACUUCCUACAGAAUAGGAAUAUACCAUCUCGACCAAUCUAAUCAGUUUACUUUUUUAAUGUAUCGAUUUGAACUUUGUGUUUCACAAUAAGAUUGGACAUUAUUAUUUUGGUGACUGAAAGAGUAAGAUAUUGUUAAGGUACUUCUUGAAAAAUCAAAGU